AUGGCUCAAGAUUCAAAAAAGGUUUCACCGGUGAUCCAUGGAAAAGUGUCGUCAUCUACUAUGGAAAAAGGGAAAGUUACGUACUGUACAGACUUAGAAAAAUCAGUUAUAAUGAGCAACUUCGAAAGACGCGGCUGGACCCAAGUAGGACCUGAGGACGAAUGGAACUUUUACUGGUCCUUCACGACAAACUGCCGAAAUAUCUUUAGCAUCGAGAGCGGUUAUAGAAUGAACGAUAAUCAGAUGAUAAAUCACUUUCCGAACCACUACGAGCUGUCCCGUAAAGAUUUAUUAGUGAAAAACAUCAAGAGAUAUAGGAAAGAACUGGAAAAGGAGGGCAAUCCAUUGGCAGAAAAAGUUGAGGUAUCUCUACCAAACUGUCAAGUUGUUACACGUUACUUACAUUUGGAUUUUAUUCCGGUGACCUAUGUUUUGCCUGCCGAUUAUAACAUGUUCGUUGAGGAAUAUAGAAAAUCGCCACAGAGCACUUGGAUAAUGAAGCCCUGUGGAAAAUCUCAAGGUGCUGGAAUUUUCCUUAUAAAUAAACUUUCGAAAUUGAAAAAGUGGUCGCGCGAGGCAAAAACUCCGUUGCACCCCCAAUUGAGCAGUAAAGAGAGUUAUGUGAUAUCACGCUACAUCGACAACCCUCUUUUGAUAGGCGGUAAAAAAUUUGAUCUACGCUUGUACGUUCUGGUUACGUCGUUUAGGCCUUUGAAAGCAUAUUUAUUCCAACAUGGAUUUUGUAGAUUUUGUACAGUGAAAUACGAUACAAGUGUUACCGAAUUGGAUAACAUGUAUGUACAUUUAACUAAUGUUAGCGUACAGAAACACGGAGGAGACUACAAUAGUUUACACGGUGGGAAAAUGAGCAUUCAGAACUUCAGAUUGUAUUUAGAGGGUACACGUGGUCGUUCUGUUACAGAAAAACUAUUUGCAGAGAUGCAAUGGCUCAUUGUUCAUUCAUUGAAAGCAGUAGCUCCCGUGAUGGCUAACGAUAGACAUUGUUUUGAGUGUUAUGGCUAUGAUAUAAUAAUUGAUAAUACUUUGAAACCUUGGUUGGUAGAGGUUAAUGCUUCACCGUCCUUGAUAUCCACUACGCAUAAUGACAGAAUAUUGAAGUAUAAAUUGAUUGACAAUAUUGUUUCGGUAGUUGUGCCUCCGGAUGGUAUACCUGAUGCUAGGUGGAAUAAGAUACCGUCUACCGAGGCACUGGGCGAUUUUGACUUGCUUAUUGACGAAGAAUUAAUGGAAAGAGAAGAUGUUAAUUCCCGUUAUAAUAAAUAUCACCGUUUUAGACAAUGAUAAUGUAAUUUUGUAUUUUAAUAUUAUUUUGUAUGUGAUUUUGUUAGAUUUUUUUUAAUUAAAAUCAACUUAAAUUAUUAAAAAAUGAUACAUUUUUUAUCACUACAUAUUAUAAAACAAAGUCCCCACCGCUUCUGUCUAUCUGUUCGCGGUAAAUUUG